UGGGUCAACUAAUAUAACCAAAAUCAUAAUUUAUAAUAACUGAUUUUUUAACAUUCAAUUACAAAAGUCAAAACCUUAAACAACUUAAACAUAACACGACUUUAAACUUGUAUUAAUUUAAUUUAAUAAAAAGUUAUAUUUUUUAAAAAUUAUAUUUACAAUACAUUUGUAUUAGUUAUUUAAAAACAAAACAUAUAAUCAUCUUAUUGUCUAAAAAACAAUUAUUAAUACUAAAGGAUUAUUUAUGUGACAAUCAUUAACAAUGCCAAGUAUUGAAAUUAAUGGCUGGAAACUUUGGUAUGAACAGUAUGGCACGGGUGAGAUGCCUGUCCUCAUGAUUCCUGGAGCUAUUGGUAGCAGCAAAACUGAUUUCUAUGAACAAUUAGAGGGGGACGACAUUUUAGAUGAAGACGAGUUUACUAUUAUAGCAGUUGAUCCACCAGGUAGUGGACGAUCCCGUCCACCGAUACGAAAGUAUGGCAGUGCUGUCUAUGAUACGGACGCUCAAUGUUUUUAUCAACUCAUGAAACAUUUGGGUUACGAAACUUAUGCAGUGAUCGGUUGGUCAGAGGGAGCGACUGCUGCCCUAUGGCUGGCCUGUAAAUACCCGAAAGUUAUCACCAAAAUGAUUAUCAGUGGUGUCAUAGCCUUCACAGAUCCCAAAACAGUGUCCGCGUUGAACACUAUACGCAAAGUCGAGGGUUGGCCUAAAAGGACUGUCGAAAAGUAUUUGCGAUCGUAUUCGAGUCGAGAAGAGAUACAGAAGCUAUGGGACAAACAUCUCAUGUUUUAUGAACAUCAGAAAACAUACUUUCCCAUUGAUCCCAACGAAACUAAAUACAAACUCAUUGACUUUCCUGUACUUGUUUUACAUGGAGAUAAGGACACCAUUAGCUCCAUAGAUCACGCACAGUAUGUCAUCAAACGUAUAAAAACUGCUGAUUUACAACGUUUUCAAAAUGGUGAACACAAUCUACAUGAGCGAUACGCACCGAUAUUCAAGAAAGUUGUCGAGGAUUACCUAAUCAGAGACAUAUUGAGUGCCAGCGCAGAGAAAAGUGUUUACAAUCAGUUGAGUGAAAUUGAUUGUCUGGCAAAUGGCAUGACAUGUAUGACUACUACCAGUGCUAGUGUCGAGUUUAAUGGUUGGACCAUUUGGUACGAUAAGCAUGGAUCCGGAGAUAUACCUGUCCUUAUGAUUCCUGGUGCUAUAGGUACGGCAAGGACUGACUUUUAUGAACAGUUAGAAGGAGACGAUAUACUGGAUGAGGACAAGUUUACUAUCAUAGCUGUAGACCCUCCCGGCUCUGGUAGGUCUCGUCCACCAGUUCGCAAAUAUGGCAGUAAUCUCUAUGAUAUCGAUGCCCAAUGUUUUUAUCAACUUAUGAUACAUUUGGGUUACGAAAGUUUUGCAGUUAUCGGUUGGUCAGAGGGAGCAACCGCUGCCCUAUGGAUGGCCUGUAAAUAUCCGAAAGUGAUAACCAAAAUGAUCAUCAGUGGUGUCAUAGCAUAUCCCGACACCAAAGUGUUGACUGAAUUAAGAGCUAUUGGAUCAGUCAAACAAUGGCCACGAAAACGAUUGGAUAACUAUCGGAAAGCAUAUACCAGUGAUGAGGAAAUUGCAAAACUAUGGGAUAAACAACUUAUGUUUUAUGAACACAUCCGCACAUACUUUCCCAAUGAUGUCAAUGAAGACAACUACCGUCACAUUGAUUUUCCAGUGCUUAUCAUACACGGAGAUAAGGACACCAUUAGCACAUUAGAUCAUUGCAAUUAUUUGCUCAAACGUAUGGCCACUGCUUAUCUGCACCGACUGUCCAACGGUGACCACGAUCUCCAUCAGCGAUAUUCAACUAUUUAUUGCCGACUUGUCGAGGAUUUUCUACUAAAUAAAAGUCCAAAUAUUGGUACGAAAAAUGGCAAUAAUGAGGAUACAAAAUUAAUACAACCAAUUUAUAUAAUAAUGAGCAGCCAUUGCGUUGAAUUAAAUGAUUGGCCCAUUUGGUAUGAUAUUUAUGGUUCAGGUGACAUACCGGUGCUAUUGGUUCCCGGAGCUAUUGGCACCGGAAAAACAGAUUUUUAUGAACAAUUAGAGGGCGACGACAUACUGGACGAUAAGCGCUUCACUAUAAUAGCCAUAGAACUGCCGGGAUGUGGCCGAUCCCGACCACCAGCCCGACGGUACGGGACUAUGGUAUACGAUAUCGAUUCCGAAUGUAUGCGACUACUAAUGCAAUACUUGGGCUACGAAAAGUUUGUGGUCAUUGCGUGGUCAGAGGGCGCGACCGCUGCCCUAUGGAUGGCCUGUAAAUAUCCGCAACUGAUAACCAAAAUGGUUAUGUCGGGAAUUAUUGCAUAUCCCGAUCACCGAACACUAGCGACGUUCAAAAAGUUAGGUAAAGUAGAAGACUGGCCGCAGUCGCGAAUCAACAUCUAUUUGAGAGCAUACGGUUCCCGUCAAGAGGUUCAACAAUUGUGGGAAAAACGGAUGACUUAUUUCGAGCACAUGAAAACAUACUUUCCUACCGAUCCACUCGCCGGCAAAUACGAUAAAAUUAAGUUCCCGGUGCUUGUCAUACAAGGAGAUAAAGACCCGAUCAGUCCGGUCGAGCACUCGGAACACAUUCGCAUUAAUGUGAAGACAUCUGUUGUCAAACGGUUCCCAAACGGUGGUCACGACUUUCAUCAGCGAUACUCACAGGUCUAUAAACAAUUGGUCGAAGAGUUCAUCCUCAGUAAUAAACCAUUUCGUUUGGAAGCAAAAGUUAGUGAAUCACCCAAUGGAUCAAAUGAGACCAAAGUGCGUGAUUGGCUUAAAUAAACAAAAUACACAAAUAAUAUGAGUUUCUUAAAAAAAAUUAUAAGCUUGAUAAAUUAUCAAAUUAGU